UCAAGUGUUUUCUCACAGAAAUUCACGCAAAUUAACUCAGGCUGAAAUUUACCACGAAAAACAUCGAUCGAAAUACCUCAAAGCACCGCAAAAACACAGAAAAAUGGAAGACCUCAAAUUCCAAACAAUUGUCUAUAAUGUGAAUCCGGAGAGCAAACUUGUGGAGAGAUACAAUGGACCCGUUGAUUUGACGCUGUCGUAUGACCCGCAGGGGCUCAGUUGCAAAUUUACCACAGAAACUCGCGUAGAUGACAAUAAGUCGACAUUCAUCACGGAAAACAGCAACAAUGACAUUCACAUAACGGCGCUUUUUGAGUUUCCCAUAACGACGCGCACCGAAUGCGUCCCUUUCGGCGAUCUCAAGCACUUGAUCAACCUCGACGACGAACAACUCGUGAUCGAAUUCAAGGCAAAAGACGAAAUUGCCAAGUUUCGGCAGCAGCUGUGCAAAUUACGUGGCACACACAUGCAAUCAGUAUUCUCGCAACGCACAGAAGAGUCCUCCGCAUCGCAGUAUUUCCAAUUUUACGGCUACUUGAGUCAGCAGCAAAACAUGAUGCAAGACUUUAUUCGCACGAGUACAUAUCAGAAAGCAAUACACUCGAAUGUCAACGACUUUGCCGACAAAAUUGUGCUCGACGUUGGGGCUGGAUCGGGAAUUUUGUCAUUUUUCGCGGUUCAAGCGGGCGCUGCGAAAGUUUAUGCCGUCGAAGCAAGUAAUAUGGCACAAUAUGCGCAACAAUUGAUCGAAGCGAAUAUGCUGCAGGACAAAAUUCAAGUCAUUGCCGGCAAAAUUGAGGAGAUAGAGUUACCGCAGAAAGUUGACAUUAUCAUUUCCGAGCCGAUGGGCUACAUGUUAUACAACGAACGGAUGCUCGAGACAUAUUUACAUGCGAAAAAAUGGUUGAAACCGGGCGGUAAAAUGUUCCCAUCGCGUGCUGACCUACAUGUUGCUGUGUUUUCCGAUGAUGCCCUUUACAUGGAACAGUAUAACAAAGCCAACUUUUGGUAUCAAACCAGCUUCCACAGUGUCGAUUUGAGCAGCAUGCGAUCCGCUGCUAUGAAAGAAUAUUUCCGCCAACCCAUCGUCGACACAUUCGAUAUGAGAAUUUGCAUGGCAAAGUCCAUUCGUCACGUUGUCGACUUCUUACAAGCUGAUGAAACGGAUCUUCAUCGCAUCAAUGUUCCCCUGGAGUUCCAUAUUCUCGAAACGGGCACAUGUCACGGCCUUGCAUUCUGGUUUGACGUUGAAUUUGGAGGCUCUCAGAGCUCCGUAUGGCUAAGCACUGCCCCAACAGAGCCUUUAACGCACUGGUAUCAGGUCCGUUGUCUCCUGCAAACGCCAAUUCUAGUUAAACAGGGACAAAUUCUCACGGGAUACGUUACUUUAACUGCUAAUAAAAGACAAAGCUACGAUGUAGCGAUCCAUUUAAAACUCGAGGGAACGAAUAUCGAAUCCAGCAACACAUUAGACUUGAAAAAUCCAUAUUUCCGAUAUACGGGCGCUGCUGUCCCCGUUCCGCCGGGCUCUAAUACGACAUCACCCAGCGAAAAUUAUUGGAAUCAACUUGAUGCACAGGGAGCGAGAAGUGCUGUCAAUUUGGUGAAUGGGAUAACGGCGAUGAAUGGAUUGCAUGAUCCGACGAUGGAUUUGUCGCAUUCGUUGAUCACAAAUAUGCACAGUCCCAAUAUUUCUUCGAAUUUCAUGACAACUGGGGGUCCGAGUAUUCACCCGGGCAGUAUCCCGAGUACGGGAAGGAGAUCAAGUAACUCGGGCGGAGGUCAAACGAAUGGUCAAGCCGCUGCUGUCUUAAAUGCGCAACAAUUCACUGCCCAAAACGGUAUGAUUUCGGAAAUGUCGGCGCCCUUGGGAGGCGGAAAUAACAUCACACACGUGCUCGGCGGCAUUCCGAUCGGAAAUCAAAUUUUGCUGGCAGGCGGAACACCGACAUCGACGCAAAAUGUCGCGCAACAGCAGUUAAUUGGGGGCGCGAUAAGUCCGUCGCUUGUGCAUGUGCAGCAACAGCAGCAGGCCUCGCAGGUGAGUCUUGAGACAAAUAAUUCCUCCUCAAACAACACACCAACAAAUCCCAAUCAUAUUAGUGGUAAGCCCCUUAUUGAUGCGCCCAUGUUGUCGGCGAUGCAGCAAAUGUUCAGCACAAUGGAUCAACAUCAGCAACACACAACUCCGAUUUAUUUCAACUAAAGAAAAAGUUCUCUUAACGACUUUUUUCGAUCCCACCAUCAUCAACGUCAUGUCAUCCUACUCCCCGAAAACGAUCCAGAAACUCAAGACUCACUCGAAAAAUUUACAAUUUUCUUAAUUUUUAAUUUUUUUUUAACGUUAAUGCUUACAGCUCUUACCUUAGAGAUAGCUAUAGUUAGUUAGAAGACGCUCGCAGGUUCACAAAAUACUCAUAUUUUAGACAUUAUUUCCAUUUUUCAUCGAGAUACGUAAGAUAUUUUUCUCUAAGCUCUUCAAAUUCCGUAGCAUCUUUAAAAAUUUUCUUCAACUUCACUAUUUAACUACAUAAAUUUAAGAAAAAAAAAAACGAGGAUAAUAACCGUAGGAGUGAGAUAUUAAGAAAAAAAAACUAAAAUUGGCAUUUAUUUUCACACAAACGUCACAUUUUUUUGUAAGAGAUUUAGUUUUAAAUGAUUUUUUUUAAGGAUUUAAUUAACACAGGUCAAUAUCAGUAUUUUUAAUUUUUGUAAGCUCCCUUAACGAUGCAGCCUAAUAUUGUCCCCGUUCUUAAUUUUAAGAUAUCUGUUAUAUUUUUUUAAUGUAAUUUAAAUUGUUGUCUUUUAUAAAAUUAAAGAAAAAAAAAAUAGAAUACGAAAAAAAAAUCA